AUGGAUUGCGUCUACAUGAAUCCCCAUGAACCCAUUGAAGCGCGUGUGAAACACCUUCUUUCUCUCAUGACAUUGAAGGAGAAGAUUGGUCAGAUGACUCAAAUUGAACGCUCAGUUGCUACCCCUUCUGCCAUCAAACACUUUUCAAUAGGGAGUGUAUUCAGUGCUCCACACAAUGGAGUGAAUGGACCUUUUGACAAGGCACUGUCAUCCGAUUGGGCUGAUAUGGUGGAUGGGUUUCAGAAGUUGGCACUUGAAUCACGGUUAGGCGUACCAAUCAUUUAUGGGAUUGAUGCUGUUCAUGGUAAUAAUAAUGUUUAUGGUGCUACUAUAUUCCCUCACAAUGUUGGCCUUGGAGCUACCAGAGAUGCUGAUCUAGUUCAGAGAAUUGGAGCUGCAACAUCUCUUGAACUUAGAGCAAGUGGAAUUCACUAUACUUUUGCUCCUUGUGUGGCAGUAUGCAAAGAUCCCAGAUGGGGAAGAUGCUACGAGAGCUACAGCGAAAACACUGAGAUAGUCAGAAAGAUGACUUCUGUUGUUUUAGGCUUGCAGGGCCAUCCUCCAGAAAGAUAUUCAAGGGGCUACCCAUUUGUGGCUGGGAGGAUUAAUGUUAUUGCCUGUGCCAAGCAUUUUGUUGGAGAUGGAGGUACAGUGAAAGGUGUAUGCGAGGGCAAUACCAUACUAUCAUAUGAAGAAUUGGAGAGGAUCCACAUGGCCCCUUAUGUGGACUGUAUAGCUAAGGGAGUUUCUACCGUUAUGGUCUCAUAUUCAAGCUGGAAUGGGAACAAACUCCAUGGUCACCAUUUUCUACUAACUGAAAUUUUGAAAGAAAAGCUAGGCUUCAAGGGAUUUGUGAUUUCUGACUGGGAGGGAAUUGAUGAAAUAUGUGAACCCUAUGGAUCAGAUUAUCGAUGUUGCAUCUCCACUGCCAUUAAUUCUGGAAUUGACAUGGUGAUGGUUCCUUUCAAAUAUGAAAUAUUUAUAGAAGAGUUGAUGUCUCUAGUUCAAUCAGGGGAAAUACCAAUAGCCAGAAUUGAUGAUGCUGUAGCGCGCAUUUUGAGACUACAUAGAGAUCUCGCUCGUGAAGCAGUUCGAAAGUCCUUGGUUCUGUUGAAAAAUGGAAAGGAUACUUGUAAACCCUUUCUUCCAUUGAAAAAGAACGCCAAGAGAAUCCUUGUUGCUGGAACUCAUGCUGAUGAUAUUGGGUAUCAAUGUGGUGGAUGGACAGGUACGAAGUAUGGAUCUAGUGGUCGAAUCACAAUAGGUAAGCCCAAGUUUCUUCAAAUUUUUCCUUAUUUAUACAAUUGCCUUUCCUUUGUCACAUUAUCUGGCUGUGGAUGGUUGCUGGGUCUCUUAUAUGACUGCAAUUUCAGGCACAACUAUCUUGGAUGCAGUUAA